AUGAUGAAAUUUACUCCUAUAAUUUACCCUUUUCUUGCUGUAAUAUUUACCCUUUUAGCUGAAGAAUCAAAGGCAACAACUUCUCAAGAGCUACUUAAAGGGUUCACCGUAACUCCAAAUCCAACAGUAAAAAAUUUCCAGCCACUUUUGAGUGAUUCAAGUGGUAAUUUCUCACUCAGUUUUCUCCGAAUUAAUCAAGAUCAACUAGCUCUUGCCAUAGUCCAUGUCCCGUCUGGUGUGUCCCUCUGGCAGGCAAACUCGGCCGGGUUAGCUCGAUGGGGAAAACCCACCGAGCUCAUUUUCAAUGGUAGCCUUGUAUUUAGUGAUCAUGAUUCAGGGGUAUUUUGGUCCACGAACACUGAUGGUGAUAGUGUUAUUCUAAGUAGUGCACCUAACUUGAGAAUUUUAAAGGGGAAGAAGUCUUCGUUUGUUUUAUGGCAAAGUUUUGACUUUCCCACUGAUACCCUUGUGGAAAAUCAGAAUUUCACUUCUGCCAUGUCAUUAGUUUCCUCAAAUGGGCUCUAUACUAUGCGUUUAGGUUCUAACUUUAUUGGCUUGUAUGCCAAGUUCAAACCUACGAGUUCGGAUCCAAAUCAAAUGUACUACCGGCGUCGUGCUUUGCAAGCUAGGGCUAGUAUUGUUGAAGGGUCGGGACCCAUUUUGGUUCGGAUAAGCUCGGAUGGUUUUAUGGGGAUUUAUCAGAAUGGGUCCACCCCUGUUGAUAUAGAAACUUUUAAUAGUUACGAGAAAUCUGUAGCCGGACCUAGGCAAGUUAGGAUAGAAAAUGAUGGGAAUUUAAAAGGUUACUAUUGGUCUGGGUCGAGUUGGGUUUUAGACUAUCAAGCCAUACCCAAGACAUGUGAUUUACCAAGUCCGUGUGGAUUGUACGGGCUUUGUAAACCUGGGGUUGGUUGUUCGUGUUUAGACAACCAAACCCAGGCCCAGACCGGGGAAUGUCACCCAAAGCAAGUGGUUGGGGACUUAUGUGAUGGUAAAGUCAAAAAGUUUCGGGAGCUACGAAGGACAGGUGUCGAGCCCCCAUACAAAGAACUAAUGGCGUACACCAAAACAACGUCGUUUGAGGAGUGUGAGAAGUCAUGCAUGGUGAAUUGCACCUGUUGGGGAGUGUUGUACAACAAUGCUUCUGGUUUUUGUUACAAUAUGGACUACCCUAUACAAACUAUCCUAGAGGUAGGGCAUGACAAUAAGAUAGGGUAUUUUAAGGUGUUGGAAGGUGCAAGGAAGAAAAGGGACCAAAGAUUGGGAAUUGGUAUUGGACUUUUAUGUGUAGCUAUAAUUGUGCUUGGAUUAGUUGUUGGGUUUGGAGGUUACAAGAUAUCAAAGAGGAAGAAAAGAGUUAAAAAUCGAAUUUUGGAAGAUGAAAAUAUUAAUGCUUCUGGAUCAUAUAAAGAUUUAGGGUAUUCUAAUUUCGGAUCUGUUGAAUUAAGUAAUAGAUAA